UUCUCGCGUCUCCCAAGGAUAUCUAGGCAAACGGUGUUCAUUUCAUGAAUGCAAACUACGGCAGGAUGGGGCCAUACCACGAUUCCCCUGACAACAUCGCCUCCUCGGAAACAAUCUGCGAUCUUCACUCUGUCCUUUUCAGUAGCACGCACAUCCUGUUCAGUGUGAGCUGAGAGUCUACUCCAAACGUCUCCUCUACUCGCCUGGGUGCGAAUGACCCCAGUAAACUCCUCUCCCGCAGGCAACGGCACACCGUCCACAACGGUGAUUGCCAGCAUGGCCUGCAAUGGCGACAGGCGUGUAAUCGUCCCUAGAACAACUGAGUUGAUUGCAGGCGGCCUCGGUUGUGUUUUGGAGAUAGAUAAUGUCUAGGAUACAUGGGUUCAUUUUUGCCUCGCAAAUGUGACUUCCACCGACCGCUCCAUCGUGCUGAGGCACACCAACCAAACUCGCCCGUAUCUCAGUGUCUCUCGUGUAGAUUCCGGUCCCAAGCUGAGGAACUGGCGCAUUGUGCGCGAGGACAAUAGGCUGCCCAGGCAGCACGACACUGAGACUGGCAGUGGUCAUUUAGGAAAAUUGAUGUGGUGAUGGGCCCCCAAAAAGUUGCUUCGAUCCUUGCCACCUACUUGUUCGAUUCCGUCCCGACCCGACGUUGCCUUUUUCCACCAUGACCUCCCUCGCUCGCGUGUUCGCCCGCCGUCUCCAUGCAUCUGCACGGCGCAGCGCGCUCUCGCAGUUCAACAUGCCUGCCAUGAGUCCAACCAUGACCGAGGGCGGCAUCGCUUCCUGGAAGAAGAAGGAGGGCGAGAAGUUCUCGACGGGGGAUGUCUUGCUGGAGAUAGAAACCGACAAGGCUACGAUUGAUGUCGAGGCGACUGAGGAUGGUGUUAUGGCUAAGAUCAUCGCUCAAGACGGCUCGAAGGGUAUCCCAGUCGGCAAUGCAAUUGCCAUUGUUGGAGAAGAGGGAGAUGACCUAUCGGGAGCGGACGAGAUGGCUGCCAAAGCUGCAUCCGCACCUGCACCCAAGGAGGAGCCGAAGGCCGAGGCACCUAAGGAGGAGCCCAAACCAUCGACCCCCGCCCCAAAGUCUGAACCGGCUCCUCCCAAAUCCGAACUUGCUUCCGGUAGCCGCAUAUUCGCGUCUCCCAUUGCCAAGAAGAUUGCUCUGGAGCGUGGGAUUCCUCUCGGAAAAAUCACGGGAACUGGUCCUGAAGGACGAAUUCUCCGAGAGGACGUCGAGAAGUUCACUCCGGCUGCUGCCGCUUCGUCGAGCGCUGUUUCUGGUGCCCCUGCCGCCCAAUCGUCUGAAUAUGAAGAUGUCCCCAUCUCCAACAUGCGUCGUACCAUUGGCUCACGUUUGACGGAGUCCAAGACCGAACGUCCCCAUUACUACGUCACGGUCGAUAUUACCAUGGACAAGGUCCUCAAGCUGAGGGAAGUCUUCAACAAGUCAUUUUCGGAGAAGGACAAGGCGUCCAAGCUCAGUGUCAAUGACUUCAUCAUCAAGGCUGUCGCCUGCGCCUUGAAAGAUGUUCCCGAAGCAAACUCUGCUUGGCUAGGAGAGGUGAUACGCACAUACAAGAAGGCGGACAUUUCCGUUGCCGUGGCUACUCCCAAUGGCCUGAUCACGCCCAUCGUUAGGGAUGCUGGUGGCAAGGGUCUUGCUACGAUCUCUGCUGAGACCAAAGCCCUGGCGAAGAAGGCCAGAGACGGCAAAUUGGCACCCCCCGAGUACCAGGGCGGAACGUUCACCAUCUCGAACCUGGGCAUGUUCGGUGUUUCUCACUUCACAGCCAUCAUCAAUGCGCCGCAAUCCUGCAUUCUUGCUGUUGGGGCUACGGAAGCAACUCUUGUCCCCGCACCAGAGGAAGAGCGCGGCUUCAAGACAGCACAGAUCAUGAAGGUUACUCUGAGUGCAGACCACCGAACUGUAGACGGUGCUGUCGCUGCCCGAUGGAUGUCUGCCUUCAAGGGUUACCUCGAGAACCCUCUGACAUUUAUGCUAUAAUCAGGCGCGGGACGCGUAGUACCAAAAGAUCCAGUCGGAUGCUCACUUUAGAUUCUAAUACUUACACUUUCGCGUUACCGAACGCCAUCAGUCACAACCGUGUAACGUGUGCUUAAGCCUUCCAUAAACGAUGCAGUCCCGGAGCGACCUGACGCGUAAAAGCGAGCUGUUGGCUCACUGGAGUAAAGAUCUGGAGGAGAUGUCGGUACUGCACGGAGAACUUGAGAAAGUUCGGUCUGAACGCGAUCAAGCACGAGCAUUAGUGGAGCAACAAAAGGAAGGCUUGAAACAUGCCGCACUCGCGCUGCAAGACGUCAAGCGUGUCUCAGAAACGCUAGCUGAUAAUCACCGGAAGGCGAUCGAACAGAAGAAUGCGUCGAUCCAGGAGUUACGAGUGACCCUUGAAGUUCAAACAAGAGAAUUGUCCGAGGCCCGAGGGGAAUUUGAACGAAUAAAAUUACAGCAAAUAGAACUUCUCGAAGCCGCUAAGCUGGUCAACAGUAAAGAAGCAGAGAGGAGGACAAUUGGUUCUUCCCGUCCUAUCGAAAGCCCGCAUGUCGUCACGAAGGAACAACAAUUAGUCCUGAAAUCGUGCGUUCACGCUGAACAUGAGAAGGGCGAAGUGAAAGAAAUGAAACCCGCAGUCAAGGAGGUUGUUGACUCAAAUGCGCCGAGUGUGAUUGAAAACCAGACAGACAUUCCUCGCAAUCGCGCUCAGAUUCUCGAGGCAUUUCCUGAAUAUAUACCAAAAGCAAAUUUAGAUCCACCAGCCACUUUCACUCGAAACUUCUUGUCCGCUCAGCUGGGCGGAAGUCACCAGCCACUCAUUGUGCGUAUCGCCGCAGAUGCUCAGAAACCGUUGGCGAAGGAACUUGGUAUCCGGAAAUUCCUUUGUCCGAAUCACAACAAGAAUCCCUGGUGCCCCCAACUCGCAGGACGGCAUGGGUAUAUGUUUGUUGGCCUGACGACUGAACGCGACACAUUCGUGGAACCGAAGAUCCUAAACUUGUUUAUGUCUGCUCCCAAGUCUCACGGUCCACUCGAAGUGACUUACUUGGGGAUCUACGAGGCCCUGCGCGUUGAGCCUCUCACUGUCGCUGAAUGGCAGACUUUGACUUCAGAGAGACGAAAAGAUUACGCGGAAAUAGUUGCAGGAAGAGAAUCUCAGCAACAUAAGGGACAAUCUGGAACAACUGGGAGACGGAUUGACACUGCCCAAUGCCAAUCCCGGUUCGAUUCGGGUGUGUAUCAAGUGCCUUGUGUGCAACUGAAAUGCGUGGGCUUCGACGAGGCCCUCUACGCUGCACUCUCGAUUGCCCUUUCAGUGAGAAAUCCAGGUGGGCUGUCAGAGCAACGAAAACGCGCUUCUUCGUUGGAGCAAGCCUCUCCAGUCAAACGCGUGCGAGCCUGAAUUGUAUCCCCCUCUCUCUCCUCUCGGGAAUCUCCUCUCCUCUAUCUACAAUGCAUCACCGAACGCCGCCGAUCGGCAAUUGCCUUAUUACCGUAGACUUGUCUGCAGCGCGUCUGACUAAUUAGAAUCUUCCUAUCACGUGGUCGUGCUUUGCUGCUCCCUUUGACCCAACUGUUCUUGCUUGCACAUGCCAGGCCGCGUUCGUGAAUCACCGUUGAAGAAACCCGACCGGCCGUACUUCGCUCUCGGUCUUGAAGGUUCCGCUAAUAAGUUCGGCGCUGGUGUUAUCAAACACUUUGAAGAUGGGACUACCGUCGUGCUUUCCAACAUCCGACACACGUACAUAACACCUCCUGGGGAAGGCUUUCAGCCUCGCGAUACAGCACUGCACCAUCGCGAAUGGGCGUUAAAAAUAAUCGAUGAGUGCAUCGUCCAAGCCGGAUUGAGCAUGCACGAUCUCGACUGCAUAUGCUAUACUAAAGGGCCUGGUAUGGGUGCUCCCCUACAAUCGGUGGCUUUGAUUGCUCGAACACUCUCGCUGCUAUAUCAAAAACCGCUAGUGGGAGUGAACCAUUGCGUUGGACACAUCGAAAUGGGCCGCGACGUGACUGGCGCACAGAAUCCAGUUGUCCUAUACGUCUCUGGGGGAAACAGCCAGGUAAUCGCAUACUCCCGACAGUGUUACAGGAUAUUCGGAGAGACUCUGGAUAUCGCUGUGGGAAAUUGCCUGGAUCGGUUUGCGCGAGUGAUAGAUUUGAGCAACGAUCCUGCUCCUGGGUAUAAUAUUGAGCAGCUAGCAAAGAAGGGAUCGCGUCUGGUUCCUUUGCCAUACACUACAAAGGGGAUGGACGUCAGUUUCUCCGGGAUAUUGACCUCAGUCGAGGCCUUCACACAAGACAAACGAUUCCGGGCCGAUGGCAAAGCGAGAGACGAGAUGGAUACAGAUAUCAUCACACCUGCAGAUCUGUGUUUCUCUCUGCAGGAAACCAUCUUCGCCAUGCUCGUUGAGAUCACAGAACGGGCUAUGGCACAUAUUGGAAGCAAAGAAGUGCUCAUCGUCGGAGGUGUCGGCUCAAACGAGAGGCUGCAAGACAUGAUGGGAAUUAUGGCUGAAGAGCGGGGAGGAAAGGUCUUUGCCAUGGACGAACGAUAUUGCAUUGACAAUGGGAUCAUGAUUGCCCACGCCGGAUUGCUCAGUUUCCGAAUGGGCUCAGAGACACCGCUGGCCAAAAGCACAUGCACGCAAAGGUUCCGCACGGACGAAGUACACGUCGCAUGGAGGGCGUGAAUGGCGUAUACCAUCACGCAGGAGCCACUAUGCUGCUCACGAGCGCCAGUGCUUCCGAGUCCAACUGUCGGCUCAUAUCUUCAUAUUGCUCCCACCACCAACCGUUGACCACCGCGAACUCCUUCGAAUCGCGCACUUGCCACGGCUUGUCAGCCAGAAUGUAAUGCACACAUCGAACCAGGUCGUCAUCCCAGAUGGCCGCGUGGAC